AUAUAAUAUAUUAUUGAAUAUUUAUUUCAUUUCAAUUUGGAUACAAUUUACACGCUUAUAAAAUGAGUUAUUUUAAAUAAUUUUAAUGUACAAUAAUUUAUUUUUAUUGAUUUACCGGCUGUAAAAUAUUUUUAUAAUAAAAUGGGUAAAAACAUCUUUAGAAAGCCUAAAAAAACAUCAGAAGAUGUAGAUAAUAAAAGUAGCAAAAAGAAAUCUUCAAGUUCUGGGUUCAAGGCCUUGAUUACUGAUGAUGGGAAGGAUUAUAUUCCAUUUAACGAAGAUGAAGAAAAUUCUCAAGAUGAGGAUUAUGAGAAAUUAGGUUUGCCUCGGUCAUUCACUCCAGAAGUUACAGAUGAUGAAUUAGAUGACGAGUUAGAUGAUGAAUACCCCCAAGAAGGUGAUGAGGAUGAGGAGGAAGAAAAGGAGGAUAGAGUAAAUUGGGGGAAGAAGUUGAAGGAAUAUUACGUUGAAGGCUCUGAUGAGGAGUCGGAUGAGGAAGCAUUGGAAGAUCGCAUAGCAGAAGCACGUGAAAUUGCGGAAGAAAUGUAUGAAGAUGUGGAGGAAGAGGAUGCAGAAUUGGACAGAUACAUAGAGUCAGAAAAGGAAGAUGAUUCAACAGCUCUGGAUACGCUGAUGGAGAAUUUAUCUGAAUCAUUGAAGAAGGAUUCAGAAAAGAUUGAACUUCCCGAAAACUUUUUAACCAUGAGUGAUGAAGAAAAGAAGGAGUUUCUGGAUAAGGAACACCCAGAGUUUUUAUUACUACUGAAAGAAUUCAAGGAUAAAUCAGAUAUAUCCAAGGAACAGAUACUUAAGAUUUUGGAUGACCCCAAAUCGUUUAAAUUUUGCACAAAAGAUGGGAUGGAGUAUUUGGAUAUCAGAAAUGAGUUGUUUUUGAUGUACUUGUCAUAUCUAACAUAUUAUUUACUCCUAAAAGUACAUGGAGUGUCUGUUGAAAAGCAUCCAGUGAUAGACCGCCUGUUGGAAAUAAGGCUUCUGCUGGAUAAAGCGAAGCCAAUAGAGAAUAAAUUACAGUACCAAAUUUCUAAACUAUUGAAUAACCUAAAAGCUAAAGAGGAAGAUGAUGAGAGUUUGGUUCCUAAACCUGAAAAUAUUGAAGUUGACAAUGUGAAGGGACAGAAGUACAAGGCUCCUAAGCAUUUAAUAAACCAAUACACUACGAAUGAAGAAAAGGAGGAAGUUGAAGACGAUCAGUACAAGUUUAUGAAAAAAAUGAAAGAAAUUGAAGACUAUGAGAUGGACCAUAUGAGAAGAAUACCAAUGAGCAAAAAAUAUAAAAAAUACCUGAAGAUGAUGGAUAAAAACCAGAGGAAUUUGGUGGGAAGUAAUUUGCAAGAUUUAACGAACUUUGGUCCUGGGUUUGGAGGCUCUGAGAAGAAAACUAACUCAAAUGACUUGAACUUAGUAGCUCAGAAGUUAAGACAAAGUGUAAUCAUGUCAGAAAAGAGAAAUAACCCAGAUUACUUAUACACUGGUACCGCUAAAAAGAAGGCCAAAAAAGACUCCCAAGUAGGAGAUUGGCCCUCAAAGAAAGUUGAUAAGGAACAAGAAAGAGUUAGAAAACCAGAUGAAGUAGAUAAAAUAAAGAGUAAAUAUAAUAAGCUUAAAGAGGAAAGGAGGAAAAAAUACCAAGAAAAGAAUGUUAAAGUUUAUAAACCACCAGAAGUAGUGGAUGGAAAGAGAGAAAUCGGAAAGGAUAUAAUGAAGAACAGAGGACUGGUUGUCAAGAGAACAAAAACACAAGGAAACGCAAGAGUAACAAAUCGCAAAAAGUUCGAAAAGAAGAUGAAAGUGUUCAACGCAAUGACAAAUAGAAAUCGAACUGAAGCAUUAGAUUACUCAGGAGAGGAAACAGGAAUAAAUGUAAAUAAAAAGAAGUCACUAAACGCAUAA